AUGUUUUCCGCAGGACCAUCUGGCAUUCUUGGAGGUUGUACUCUGGCGACAGCGUUACUCGACUUCAAACCGCUUUUGCACUUACAGCUAAUACCGAACAUAACCGAACAACAUGAAUUUUGGCGGUUAAUCAGCUCGCAUUGUGCAUUUGCCAGUUCGGGAGAAGUGCUGUUAGGUGGAUUGGUGCUUUAUAAUCUUCGAACUAUUGAAAGACAAUUCGGAACAUCAAAAUAUGCAGCGUUUUUAUUCGCGUCUUCAGCGAUAUCUACAAUACUCGAACUUGGAGCAUUAUGGGCUGGUAAAUAUUUUGGAUUAAAUUAUAUACCAGGCGGUCCUUAUGCCAUGAUAUUUGCAGGUUUAUAUCAAUAUCAAAGGGUGGUUCCAUCCACACCACUCUUCACAUUUCUCGGUGUCACCAUUUCAAGCAAAUUUAUAGUAUAUUCUUUAGGAUUACAGUUAUUGGGCUUUCAUUACCCCGCAUCAUCAGUUGCCGCUCUAUGUGGUAUAUUGGCCGGUGUUAUCUAUCAAAGUGAAUAUCUAGGGCUAAAAAAGUGGCGACUACCCGGAUUUCUUAAUCAUUUUGCGUCACGAUUUAUAUUACCUCUUUUAUCUACAAACUCUACGCGAAGAUGUACGACUACCGGUGGUAACGUCAUUUUAGAUCAACAACGACGAAUGACACAGGAUCAUUCCAGGCGGCGAGGACCUCAAUAUCAUCGGGAUCCCCCGCUUCCUCCACCUUCAGCCGCAGUUACUGAAGAACAAAUUGCUACGUUACAAGCAAUGUUCCCGCAGAGUUCUUAUUCUCAUAUAGCACAAGCCAUUCAGUCUGCUAAUAACGAUAUCAAUAGAGCAGCACAGUUUUUAUUAGAUCACCCUCGGUAG